CAGAUAGGGGCGGGGCAAAGCAGCUGACAGCAUAAAGAAAACUUUGUUAGCGUGUUGCUAACACAUUUGCUUGUUCAGCGAUGUAAAUAAUGGGAAGUAGCACAUCGGAAAUUCGCUAAUAGUUAAUCGUUAACAGGAAUUGUCAUUACACAGAAUGGAUUGUGCUGGAGAGGAGAAAGAUCUGUGUCAAUGGUCCAGUUCGAUGCUGAUGACCAGCAGGAGUGCUUUGAAGGCACGAGUGCAACAGUUUGUGGAAGAGAGGAUGCAAACCACGAUGCUUACAGGUGUGCUGAUCGGAGCAGCAGUCGCGGUCUCACUGAUUGGGAUUGUGGUGCUCUUCUUUUACAGAAAAUUCAAACUUUCUCGUGAGCAGCAGCCUGGUGUGCCCCAGUAUCGUUUCCGAAAACGAGAUAAAGUGCUUUUCUAUGGACGAAAGAUAAUGCGAAAGGUUCAAACACUGUCCUCUACUCCUCUGCCCUCCUCUUCCUCGGUGUCAAAGCAACCGCAGCGCGUACGCAAAAGAACCAAAGUUCUGAGCAUAGCUCGCAAAAUCUUGAGGAUUCGUAAAGACCCCCCGACUCUGCAGCAUAAGGAGCCUCCUCCAUCUUUGCUUGAGGCAGAUCUAACAGAAUUUGAUGUGCAGAGCUCAAACCUUCCCUCAGAGGUUCUCUAUAUGCUAAAAAAUGUUAGAGUCCUGGGUCAUUUUGAGAAGCCUCUGUUCCUGGAGUUGUGUCGCCACAUGGUGUUUGUUGAGCUGCAAGAGGGGGAAGUGCUUUUCAGACCAGGGGAUGACGAUGACAGUAUAUACGUGGUCCAGGAUGGUCGAGUUGAGCUCUGUGUUCAAGAGAAUGAUGGCACGGAGCCAGUGGUGAAGGAUGUGCACCCAGGAGACAGCGUCCACAGCCUGCUCAGCAUUCUGGACAUCAUCACCGGUUAUCCAGCUCCGUAUAAGACCGUAUCAGCACGAGCUGCAACUCGCUCUACCAUCUUACGUUUAUCUGCUUCAGCCUUUGAGUCAGUUUUUCAGAAAUACCCCGAGACACUUGUGCGCGUCAUUCAGAUAAUUAUGGUGCGACUCCAGAGGGUGACCUUUCUGGCAUUGCAUAACUAUCUGGGCCUAACAACCGAGCUCUUCAAUCCGGAGAGUCAGGCUGUGCCGUUGUCCAGUAUAAACAGUGUGAUGAUUGAAGUAAAUUCUGGAAAGCUGGCUCGUCGUCUCUACUUCCAGGAUGAAUUUCCAGCUGGGACCAGUGAGUCCACUUCAGAACCAGAUGCCAUUAAGGAUAGUCCCCUAAACAGCAACAGGAGGCUGCGGUCCGUCUCUGCACCCACCGAUUGUGCAGGAAAUGACCUUAAUAUGGCUCGUGAACGGGCGCGUGUCACUAUAGAGGAGCCUCCAUCCAGUCCUCUCACUCAGAAACCCACUCUGAGGAAGAAUGUGACAAUGCAGCAAACACCAUCUGAAGUGUUUCACUAUACAGACGGAGGAGGGCAGUCUGAUGCUAUCAACGUUGGUAAAGGCAGCACUGUCCUCCAGGCUGCUAAGAAGGACUUGUUGGGAGUCAUCCAGCUGCAGGACCCCAGUUUACUGGAUGGCAGAGUGACCCUUCACCAUGUGAAGGCUGGUUCUGUUGUGGCUCGCCAGGGAGACCAGGAAGUGAGCAUCCAGUUUGUGAUCUCCGGCCUCCUCCAUGUUUAUCAGCGAAUGAUUGAUCGUGAAGAAGAUACACGUCUGUUUGUGACGCAUCCUGGGGAGCUUGUUGGUCAGCUCGCUGUCUUAACCGGAGAGCCCCUCACUUUUACGGUCCGGGCCCAGCGAGACUGCAGCUUCCUCUCCAUUUCCAAAACCCACUUCUACGAGAUAAUGCGUGUGGAGCCAAAAGUAGUCCUAAAUGUUGCUCACACCGUGUCGAGGCGGAUGUCCUCUUUUAUCAGACAGAUAGACUUUGCACUCGAUUGGAUGGCCGUGGAGGCUGGCAGGGCUGUUUACAGGCAGGGGGAAAAAUCAGACAGCACCUUUAUAGUGCUGAGUGGUCGACUGCGCUCUGUGAUCAUGAAGAAGGAUGGCAAAAAGGAGCUGAUAGGAGAGUAUGGCCGUGGUGACCUGAUUGGAGUGGUGGAGGCCUUGACCCGCCAGAACAGAGCCACAACUGUGCACGCUGUUCGAGAUUCAGAACUGGCCAAGUUACCGGAGGGGGCGCUCAACUCCAUCAAGAGGAGGUUCCCACAGGUUGUCACUAGGCUGAUCCAUUUGCUCGGUCAGAAGAUUCUUCAGCAGGUUAAUGUUCCUCUUUCAGGUCGUAGCUUGGCACUUCACACUCCAGGAAGCAAGUGGGAUGCAGGGAAUCAAGCCUCGAACCUCUCCACUGUGACCGUUCUGCCUGUAUCAGAAGAAGUGCCUUUGACCACCUUCACCUUGGAGCUGCAGCAUGCCCUCCUUGCUAUAGGACCAACUCUUCUUCUGACGAGUGACAUUAUCAAACAGAGGCUUGGAGCUGCAGCUCUGGAUAGUGUUCACGAGUACCGCCUCUCCAGCUGGCUGGGCCAACAAGAAGACCUCCAUCGCAUCGUUCUUUAUCAGACUGACUACACGUUAACCCCGUGGACUCAGCGGUGCAUCCGUCAGGCUGACUGCAUCAUUAUUGUGGGACUUGGGGAGCAGGACCCUGCUGUUGGGGAGCUGGAGCGUAUGUUAGAAGGAAGUGCAGUGCGGGCCCAGAAGCAGCUGGUGUUGUUGCACCGAGAAGAUGGCCCUCCUCCCCAAGGGACCGUGAACUGGCUGAACAUGCGAAGCUGGAUCUCCAGGCACCUCCACCUCUCUUGUCCUAGAAGAGUCUUCUCUAAAAGGAGCCUUCCCAAGCUGUUGGAGCUGUACCAACGAGUGUUUGAGAAGCCUGCAGACCGCCACUCUGACUUCUCCCGUCUGGCUCGGAUUCUCACGGGUAAUGCCAUCGCUCUUGUCCUCGGAGGAGGAGGGGCCAGGGGUUGCUCCCAGGUGGGGAUUAUGAGAGCGCUCUGUGAGGCCGGUAUCCCGGUGGACCUGAUUGGUGGGACUUCGAUUGGAUCCCUAAUGGGGGCCCUGUAUGCUGAGGACCGCAGCCUGAGCCGCAUGAGGAUUAGAGCUAGAGAAUGGGCAAUGGAAAUGACCUCAACCUUGAAGAAGGCUUUGGAUUUCACGUAUCCUGUCUCCUCCAUGUUCUCUGGUGCUGGGUUUAACUCGAGCAUUAGCAAUGUGUUUCAAAGCAAACAGAUUGAGGACCUUUGGAUCCCAUACUUUAACAUUACAACUGACAUCAGUGCUUCAGCCAUGAGAGUACACACUGAUGGUUCUCUGUGGCGCUACGUUCGAGCCAGCAUGUCUCUAUCAGGAUAUCUGCCUCCUCUCUGUGACCCCAAAGAUGGACAUUUACUGAUGGAUGGAGGCUACAUCAACAACCUGCCUGCCGAUGUGGCGCGCUCCAUGGGGGCCAAGGUGGUGAUCGCUAUUGACGUGGGCAGCCGGGAUGAAACCAACCUCACUAAUUAUGGCGAUUCGCUCUCCGGCUGGUGGGUGCUAUGGAAACGCCUCAACCCCUUGGCAGAGAAAGUGAAGGUGCUGAACAUGGCGGAGAUCCAGACCCGGCUGGCUUACGUAUGCUGCGUGAGGCACCUGGAGUCUGUUAAAAACAGCGACUACUGCGAGUAUAUCAGGCCCCCAAUCGACAGAUAUCGGACUCUGGAGUUUGGCAAGUUUGAUGAGAUAGCUGAAGUGGGCUACCAGCAUGGCAAGACCGUGUUUGAUGUGUGGAGGCGGAGUGGCGUAGUGGAGAAAAUGAUGAAAGACAGGCACCAAGAAGAGACCCAUAACACCCAAUGCAAGAGCAAUGUGGUGACAUGUCCCAAUGCUUCCUUCACUGACCUUGCAGAAAUCGUGUCACGCAUCGAGCCCGUCAAGCCUGCGGUGGUGGACGAAGAGUCAGACUAUCAGACUGACUAUGAAGAGGAGGCAUUGGAGAGUGCCCUUUCUGACAGUCACUACGGGGAGCACACUGAAGGGGAGGAGACAGCUGACACGGAUGAGGAUCAGGAGGAGAGGAGAAUUUUCACCAGCGGGCAGCCUCCAGUUGUCUCCUCGGGGCCACAGGAGCAGCUGAUUAAAAACCAAACAAGCCAUUAAGUAAGCAACAGUCUGAUGAACAAUACCCAAACAGGUCAGCACAAUUAAUCCUGCCCUUCCUUGCCACAGUUAACUCAAUCUGUCCCUCAUGACUCCAACAUGUAAACCUGUUCUUGAGAGCACUCACUGCUCUGACCUCUCCAGCCGGGCCUCGUUAGCUGUGUGGCUGGGACUCAUCAUGUUUUUCUGGUGUACCGGGCAGCUGCAAACCUAAUCUCUCAUAUUGAGAUAGUUGAUGUGAACUUCUUUAAAGCUUUUUGUGAAUCACAGCUGUUCAGUGGAAGAUGAACAGACUAGUGAAGAGACUAUUUCCAUGAAAUACUCAUCACUAAGACCAAGUUGAAAAAAAAUGAUUCUGUCAUGAUUGACUUUAUGGGUUUAGCACAUUUGAGAAGAUUUAAGUAGUCAGAGAUCAUUUAGUUACGUUUUUUUCCUCUCCAUUACUGAUGUUUGCAUGAAUAUUACAGAAAGUGUCCCUAUCUGCUGUAUUUCACAGAAACAUAACAAGUAAGACAUUUUAAAUAAAAAACAUAAGAAAUAAAGGCAUAACGGGAAAAUUUUGACAAAGUACAUUUUUGCCUGAUUUCCCUAAAAUCUUUGGAAGUAUAACCGUUUUCAGGCCAGUAAGUGAUUUAGAAAUAAAACAUGAUGAGGCAUCUGUUUUAAGGGGUCUAAAACAUAAAAAAAACUGUGCUUGAAGGAACCAAAACAUGGGAGCUCUACAAGUUUUUAGUGUAUUUGAUGCAAGUGAUGUUACCAUAGUUCCCUAUAUACGCUGUAGGUUUCAUUGUAUUCCCUCAGUUAUAUUUUGAUCGGCACAGUUUAUUGUAGCAUAUAUAUUCAAACUUAACCAAAUUGCAACAAACUAUUUACAUGGAUGGAUCAAAGGUGAGGUGACCAAGAAAUGUAAUACAUGUUGAGAUAGUAAAACACAGCAAUGGAGGAGAGUUAUUUAUAUUUAUUUUGUUCCUCUGUGUCUGUUAAGUUAUUAUCUAUAAUGUUCAUUACUACGUUCACGCUUGACUCUGAAAAUUGUAUAAAAAUGUUAAGGAAUUGAAAUACUCUUUUUAAAAAUAAUUUCUUUUUAAGACAGAGUUGCUGUUGUUCGAAAAAGAAAAUAAGUGGCUUCUGUGAGUCGUGCUUUUAUUUUCUUCUUCACAUUUAUAUCCCUUCACCAUGAAGGGAAACAGAGCAGAGACACAUCAUCUGGGUCUUGCCUGACUUAUUACAGAUAACAUUGAUUUAUGCAUGUAAGCGUUGAUUGGGCCACAUGCAUAACUAACAGAGCACAAACUUUUGUUAAUCUAAACUAAUGCAUUUACACAGAUGUGUGCUAACUUUAGCAAAUUACCAAAAAAAAAAUCCACGAACAAAUUAUCUUCUAUUUUUUUAUUCAAUUAAGUUGAAUAAGAAAAAGCAGUUUAUCAUGAAAUUAUAAAAAAUUUCAAAAUUGUUGCCAAUAUGCAUAUUAAACAGAUCUAUGGACACAAGCUGAUGGUGCAAAAUGUUAUCAAAAUAAAAAAAAGAACCUCUGCCUUAAUGUAUUUUUUUUUUCCUGACAUAUGUGCAACGAAGGUGACACAAAUUGCUUGGCAAGUAGCACCAAGUUAAAAAUACAGCACAGAACAAGCAGCAGAUUGUUUUUCGGUGACGGCUAUCGGCACAGUUUUGUUGUAGCGGGCGUGCCCGGGAAAUGCAGAGAAUAAAUGAUUGUUGUCCACUUCAAAGCACGAGUUUCCGUGUUGGCUGCUGAGACGGCCUCCCCCCUGUUUGUUUUCUGGCUUGAAUCCAUCAGCCACAGACUGAGCAGCAGACAAUGUGACUUUGAAGCUCAUCUUGUCUCUUAUAAUGCUCUGUUCUUACACCAAUUAUUCGGCUUGUCACAUUUGCUACGUUCCUUCUUUACAAUACUUUGGAUAUGUUUAAAUAUUUAUUUAAAUACAAAGAUAAUCCAAUAUCGCGGCACUAAGCUAAUAUCGGACAACCAGUCAACCUAUAAGACGUGUGCAUUCCAAGUAUUAGGAUUUUAUUUUACCCCCUGAUAAUGUACACACCACACUGUAACACCCCUAACGCUGGUGCUACAAGUGCCUGCAGCUUUACAUGUGUGGUAAGCUGGAGAAAACCUGCUAUAAACACUAUGGAUGUUUUGUGAAUAUGUGAACACAGUGGGAAGAGGGAGAAAACAUUUUGCUGUUUACCAAUGAGCUGAUGGGGUUUGCAAUUUUUCCUCUUUUUCUUUUGAAGCCUCGUACAAUACCUGGAUGUAGUUUGGCAGGAUGGAUGUUUCACUUCUUUAUUAAAUGGGUCAUUGUGGUGAAUCAAGAGCUGCUGUAAGGUUUGGAGCCCUGCCAUGAAGUUGAUAUAAAAUGUCUAAGAUGACGUGAGAAAUAUUAUGUAUUGUGCACUUGCCUUACAUUCAUGGUAAAAAUUAUGUUAUAUGAAAAUGUUUACUAAUAGGCCUACAGCAUAAUGUCAAAAUAUUGUUUUUGUCUGAUCAGUUGUUACUAAUAAACCAGUUUCUCUCUCAA